CGUUCGAAAAUGUUGUGCUUGGAAAGAAAAGCAAUAAUCUUCACCUUGUUUGCUUUGGGAAUACUACUCUGUGUAAGCGAGACCGAGGCGGAUAAUUUAGAUUUGGGCAAUAUAGUCAAGAACCUACUCUCGAAUAUGGAACGGAGUACAGUUUGGGAUGAAAAUAUGCAUUUCUCGCUCAUUUUUGCCGAGUUUAUAAUUAAACAAAAAGUGCGUUUUUAUGAGCCCACACGCUUCGAAAACCAACUUUAUGAGGACAUUUUGAAACGCAUCGCAACUUUUCGAGCUAAAUUUAUAGUUAAGAACGGUAUUGGUCGACUGGAUAAUCUGCUGCAAAAGAAUGUCAGGUUGAUUAAGCCUGCUGUGAUUGAAGAUCAAAUUAAUACCGAGUUGGAAUAUAGAACGCUGAAGCGGUCCUACGAGAAGUUGCAAAAUACUGGAUUUCCAAGCUCAACGUUGUCAGACUAUUGUCUGCUCCAUAUCAGCUCUUUGGAUAAGUGCGAUGCAAUUGAGAAACAGUGUCUUCAGGUCAUAAGCUCCAAUGCGCCCACAUUCGGCUAUCGUCGCAUGCAUCAAAUUCUAAUACUUUAUGUGUUGAUGCAUCACACCUGUGCGCCGCAAUUCGGUCCACAAAUUGUCUAUGAAAUUUUGUCGACGCAACAUUGUUCGGAAGUUUAUCGUGAACAUCGGCUCUUAGCCAUGUCAUAUUCGCAAGCUCGUCGGGAUUUGUAUAUCGAACAAAGUGCUUUGUGUGGCCUUUUUGGCUUUAAGGAGUUUCUUAAUAAGGCGGAAGUGCGAAAAAUUGCAUCAUGGGAUAAGUUCGGCAUUUGCAAUUGUGUCGGCGAAAUAACGUUUUUCCCGGCUUCUAAUGAAAAUGACAUAUGCAAGUGUGGUGAUCAUUCACACAGCGUUGCAUUGUUAUUUUAUGUGAAUGCUAUGUUGUUUUUGUAUUAAGCACACACAUAUAUGUGUGCAUUAGGGUGAGCUAAAAAAAAAAACAAUUAAUGGCGAAUUUAUUGGAAGCUAUGUACAGGGCAACAAGUUUUCCAGCAACGUGACGGUGAGCACUUAAAGUUUCCCAUUAAAAUAACAGUUAAAAAAUUUGUGUUCAUUAAAAAUUAUAAAAAUGUUGAACCCUUGGAAUAAUAUAUACCUACAGAUAUAUACAGAUUCUUGUAGAGUACAAAAUUCCUAUUUAAGGGAAAUUUUUAGUUUAAAAUAUUUAAUGUUCUUAUACAACAAACAAAACUAGCUACAAAUAAAAUAUUGUUUUUUUUGC